AUGCAAGACCAGUUGCAGGAGCAAUUGGCCAAGAUGCAAAACGAUAUGAGGGAGCAAAUGUUAGAGGCUCAGAGGAAUAUGAUGGUCGAGAUGGCUCAGCUGCUGAGAGCCAUUGAUAAGGGAAAGGUUCCCAUGGAAAUUACUGGCGAGGAUGGUGAGGAUCAUCCUCCAGGCUUUACCGCACCCCACAUGCCUACACAAACCGAGGCACCUCCUAGGAGGCCAUCUAUUACUAUAAUGCCUCAACAUGGGUCGAUCGAUGCCGAAAUCCCUAUGAAUUUCCCAACUGGCUUGGGAUUUGAUUUGGAUGACAACCUUGCUAAUCCAAUCAUUCCUGACUUAGAUAUGGCUGAAAGGGAAGGGCAUCAGGGAGUUGAUGCCAAAGAUCUAAGCUUGGUCCUAGAUUUGGUGUUUACUCACAAAUUCAAGAUGCCAGAGUUUGAGAAGUACAACAGAACUACUUGCCCAGAGGCCCACAUUACGAUGUUUUGUAGAAGGAUGACGGGUUACGUGAACAAUGAUCAACUGUUGAUCCAUUGUUUCCAAGACAGCCUAAUUGGAGCAGCGGCCAGGUGGUACAAUCAGUUGAGCCAGGCCAGAAUAAAUUCAUGGAGGGAUCUUGCGCAAGCUUUCAUGCAGCAGUACAAUCAUGUGACUGACAUGACUCCGGAUAGGAUCACAUUGCAAAACAUGGAGAAGAAGCCUAAUGAGAGCUUUAGGCAGUAUGCACAGAGAUGGAGAGAGAUUGCUAUGCAAGUUCAACCACCGCUCUUGGAGAAGGAAACCACUAUGCUCUUUAUCAACACCUUAAAGGCUCCAUUCAUUACCCAUAUGAUUGGAAAUACUACAAAAAGUUUUGUUGACAUAGUUAUGGCAGGGGAAAUGAUUGAAAACACCAUAAGGGACGGUAAGAUAGAAGGGGAAACUGCUAAGAGAUCAACCCCAAGGAGAAAUGAGGUGAACAAUGUGAGUAAUUAUAACUCGAAAUCAGCUACGGUUAGUCAACCAAGAGCAGUAACUGUAGGACAGCGGGGUUCGCAAAGGAAUGAAUCUAGUACGAGACAGAAUUCUGAAAAGAUCUAG